AUGGCUGAACAUCAAUACAAGUUUAAUGUCUCCAUGAGCUGCGGAGGAUGCUCUGGUGCCGUGGAGCGAGUGCUGAAGAAGCUGGAUGGCGUCAAAUCAUUCGAUGUCAGCUUAGACUCGCAGACCGCCACUGUUGUCACCGAAAACUCGCUCCCUUACGACACCGUUCUGGCCACCAUCAAGAAGACCGGUAAGGCCGUGAACAGCGGAGAGGCAGAUGGGGCCCCUCAAGAGGUGUAG